AUGUUCUCGCUUGCUAGACAGACAGCACUCCGCCGCCUUGCCACGCGCUCGUUCAGCUCGCGCGCGGUGUACAUUGCGAACCUUAGCCCAAGGACGACCGAGGAUCAGCUGCGCGAGGUGCUUGCGCCGUUCGGCAAGGUGACGGGCAUGCGGUUCGGUGAGGGCCGCGAGGGGUACCGGUACGCGCACGUGUAUUUUGGCGCUGGCGAGCCGCCGGUUGUGGACGGCCCGACACACGCGGAGACGCAGGAGGUGGAGGCAGCUGUGUACAAGGUGGUGGGGUCGCUGAUGGGCAGCGAGCUGGACGGCAACAAGCUGUUGGUGCGCAAGGCCAUUGACCGGAUUACCAACCCGGACCUGCGCGACCUGCAGCGGGCGCGGGCAGAGCCCGGCACGAGCAAGGACAAGCCCAACGACUUCAACCGCGGAUAUGCGCUCGGGUACCGCCAGGGCAUCACUGACGGCAGGAAUAUGCCGCGGGCGGCACUGAGCCAUAAGGACACUCCCAGGCAGCCGCCCCGCUCCACAGGCUCCACGAGCGGCGAUUCAGCGACUGAUUCGACACGUCACCCCACACCGGGCCAGACUGAAGAAGAACAGGCGAUCGGGUUUGAUGAAGGAUUCCGGGAUGGGUUUGCCGCAGGAUUCAAGCAGGGCAGGCGCGACCGGGAGGAGCUGUUGCGCGAGCACCGGACGAUCGAGUGA